GGUCACUACGACUUCUCCUACCUUCGCAUCGACUUUUCCAACAAUCUGAAUGUUAGAGAUUCCGCUUCAACCCCAAGAUCUCUAUCAAUUUCCAAAACGCUACUUGUGUCUUUGACACUGCGUCUCUUGCUGGAGGCAGCGACUUUGUUCGCCCGGAGCUCAUCACCAACUUCGUUCAGCGUCGCGUCGUUGUGGUACAACAUCGACGCCACCGACUUGCCUACCAUUUGCACGCAUGCCCGACAUGGAACUAUUGAGACCGACUCGUCAAGGUCGACUUCUUCGAUGUCGGUGGUUGAUCAGGCCCUUCGCGCCGAGAUUACCGCUCAGAUCGGAAACAUGCAUGUCCUUCUAUCGUCGCAGAAGAGCUGUAUUCUGAGCAACAAUCUUGUCAUGAAUGUUCGCAUCACUGAGGUGGUCGUUGUCGAGAUCGAACAGAAGCUGGAGGAAGCAUUUGCUAUCGCUGUGCGCGCCUAG